AUGAAAUUCCUCCAAAUAUCCUCGUCACAAUGGCUCACCAGUGCCCUGUUGUGCGUGGGCUUGGUGAACGCCCACACCGUGAUCGUUUACCCCGGAUAUCGAGGCAACAAUUUGCAUACAAACGGCAGCGUCGAAGGUACCGACGGCCUGGGAGUUGCAUUCAAUGAAAACAAUGACACAUAUUCUUACCCCUACGGAAUGCAAUGGAUCUAUCCUUGCGGCGGCAUGCCAACCUCCACAAACCGAACAAAGUGGCCAGUUAAAGGCGGCGCAGUCUCCUUCCAACCGGGCUGGUUCCAAGGCCACUCACGAGCGCUCAUCUAUGUCAACCUGGGACUAGGCACAACACCACCGAACAUGAGCCAUCCCAUGGUUCCGCCCUUUGAAAUUGUCGGGCCUGAUAAUAACCCUUACCCUGGCACAGUCUGUAUCCCACAGGUCGGGCUGCCUGCAGACAUCACAGUGAACGUGGGAGAUAAUGCGACGAUCCAAGUGAUCGAAGCCGCCCAGCACGGAGCGGCUUUGUAUAAUUGUGUGGACAUUACUUUCGCAGACCCCGCCGACGUCGAAGAAGUCACCGAAGAAAACUGCUUUAAUUCCUCCACCAUCAGUUUCGAAACACUCUUUACCACGUCCUCGUUAUCGUCCGGUGCUUUCGAGACCAUCACAGUCCCGUCAUUCAUCACCACCCUAUUACCGGCUUUCUUGGCUAUGCUGUACGGAGUUCUGAUGAUCUAG